GCUAAGAUUAUUGCGGACGAGCAAGGUAAUAACCUCGUGGGAGCAUCAUGUGGAUUUUACGGACCCGAAAUUAUUGCAGAAUAUGUACUUAAUCAGCAAAAUCCAAAGUAUGACUGGAAUGACGACGAACAUAUUGAAAGCGAUCGAUUUUUAAAGAAAAGACGAAGUUCGGACGAUUAUGGAUCAACUCCUCCAAACAAGGGGGCUUCUCAACGAAAAAGAUACGAUAGUAAUUUACCACCCCGCGACGAAGAUUAUUUUUCAUCAGAAUCUAACUCCGAGAUCGUACCUGUUUCUCUUACGAACGUCUUUCUUGAAACUUCUGUCGAGCUUAAGAGGAUUCCAGACCAGACAGCCGAAUCGGACACACUCCUCCUCCUCAUCAAGCCAAAUUCAGUUUAA